AUGUCGGAGAACAGACAUGUCCUGAAUGGAACUAUAUGCUCUAUUGUCGCCUACAGAAAUGGGUAUUUUAAAUGUAAGCCAUUCUAAGGUACUGUACCAGAAGCUGCUUUUUAAGGCAGUCUGGCGAUGGCCUUGGCUACCAGUCUGGAGAUGGCCUUGGCUACCAGUCUGGAGAUGGCCCUGGCUACCAGUCUGGAGAUGGCCUUGGCUACCUGGAGAUGGCCUUGGCUACCAGUCUGGAGAUGGCCUUGGCUGGAGAUGGCCUGGCUACCAUCUGGAGGAUGGCCCUGGCUACCAGUCUGGAGAUGGCCUUGGCUACCAGUCUGGAGAUGGCCCUGGCUACCAGUCUGGAGAUGGCCCUGGCUACCAGUCUGGAGAUGGCCCUGGCUACCAGUCUGGAGAUGGCCCUUGGCUACCAUUCUGGAGAUGGCCUUGGCUACCAGUCUGGAGAUGGCCUUGCUACCGGAGAUGGCCUUGGCUACCGUCUGGAGAUGGCCUUGGCUACCAUUCUGGAGAUGGCCCUGGCUACCCAGUCUGGAGAUGGGCCUGGCUACCAUCUGGAGAUAUGGCCUUGUGGCUACCAGUCUGGAGAUGGCCUUGGCUACCAGUCUGGAGAUGGCCUGGCUACCAUCUGGAGAUGGCCUUGGCUACCAGUCUGGAGAUGGCCUUGGCUACCAGUCUGGAGAUGGCCUUGGCUACCAUCUGGAGAUGGCCUUGGGCUACCAUCUGGAGAUGGCCCUUGGCUACCAUUCUGGAGAUGGCCUUGGCUACCAUCUGGAGAUGGCCCUGGCUACCAGGCUGGAGAUGGCCCUGGCUACCAGUCUGGAGAUGGCCUGGCUACCAGUCUGGAGAUGGCUGGUACCUUGGAACUGGCCUGGCUACCGUCUGGAGAUGGCCUUGGCUACCAGUCUGGAGAUGGCCUUGGCUACCAGUCUGGAGAUGGCCUUGGCUACCAGUCUGGAGAUGGCCUUGGCUACCAGUCUGGAGAUGGCCCUGGCUACCAGUCUGGAGAUGGCCUUGGCUACCAGUCUGGAGAUGGCCUUGGCUACCGUCUGGAGAUGGCCUUGGCUACCAGUCUGGAGAUGGCCCUGGCUACCAGUCUGGAGAUGGCCUUGGCUACCAGUCUGGAGAUGGCCUUGGCUACCAGUCUGGAGAUGGCCUUGGCUACCAGUCUGGAGAUGGCCUUGGCUACCAGUCUGGAGAUGGCCCUGGCUACCAGUCUGGAGAUGGCCUUGGCUACCAGUCUGGAGAUGGCCCUGGCUACCAGUCUGGAGAUGGCCUUGGCUACCAGUCUGGAGAUGGCCUUGGCUACCAGUCUGGAGAUGGCCCUGGCUACCAGUCUGGAGAUGGCCUUGGCUACCCGUCUGGAGAUGGCCUUGGCUACCAGUCUGGAGAUGGCCUUGGCUACCAGUCUGGAGAUGGCCUUGGCUACCAGUUUGUUUCUGCAUUGUUUGUAUUGACAGGGAGUUGACAUGGUGGCACAAAAAGGUCUUCCUCCCAGGUGUACCUCCAUGCCUGUACAGCACAACAUGUUCAUAUGAGGUUGGCCUCGGUCUGAAGUUGUGCCUUUUUUUGUUCCGUGUGAGUCGUGUCUGUGUGCUUGAGUUGUGUUCUAGCCUGGUUACUAGCCUGGUGCACUUGUUUGUGUUAUCGCGUCAACUCUUUGUCAUAAUUACGAACAUGUUGACACGAUGGCACAAACAUAUGGGACCUUGGCUACAAUGAAGUAGGAAAUGCAGCCGUCUUUAUUUCAUCCUCCAAUACUGUACUGAAUUGCGAUAACUACUCUGCUGUCCCGAGGAGUAGGGUGACGUUGCCCCUGGAUGCUGAUCUUGGGGCCAGUUUUUGCAUUUCCCCCACUAAAUGUUAGGCUAGGAAUCUGAUCCUAGAUAUGUACCUAGGGGAAACUGCACCUCUGUUCAUGACUUUAUCAGUCUUUUUUUUUUUCUCUGCAGUUUUCCUUUCUAGAUCGUGGCCUCGUCUAUUAAGUUUUCAUUAUGGUAUGAAUGACGGCUUUAUUAAGACACAUUAAAAGAUGUUUGAUUUAUGGAUUUUACUAACAUGAAUUGCUGUUUUCUACCCACCGUCCAGCGAUACGAUGCCUAGCUUAAACCAGAACUAUGUAUUUAGUUAGGACGUGUAGGAUUCUGCCGUUACAUGACACUACAACAGUUUAUGGCAGCAAUGUUAACCUCCCCAUUUAACAUGGGACAUUUUUAAACGAUUCUACACUGAACGAAAAAUGAACGCAACAUGUUGGUUUCAUGAGCUGAAAUAAAAGUUCCCAGAAAGGUUCCAUGCGCACAAAAAGCUUAUUUCUCUCAAAUUUGGUGCACGAAUUUGUUUACAUCCCUGUUAGUGAGCAUUUCUCCUUUGCCAAGAUAAUCCAUCCACCUGAUAGUUGUGGCAUAUCAAGAAGCUGAUUUAAACAGCAUGAUCAUUACACAGGUGCACCUUGUGCUGGGGACAAUACAAGGCCACUCUUAAAAUGUGCAUUUUUUUUUAUCACACAACACAAUACCACAGAUGUGUCUAGUUUUGAGGGAGCAUGCUGACUGCAGGAAUGUCCACCAGAGCUACUGCCAGAGAAUUGAAUGUUGAUUUCUCUACCAUAAGCCGCCUCCAACGUCGUUUUUGAGGAUUUGGCAGUAGGUCCACGAGUAUGGUGUCAUGUGGGCGAGCGGUGGGGUUAUGGGAUGGGCAGGCAUAAGCUACGGACAACGAACACAUUUUAUCAAUGGCAAUUUGAAUGCACAGAAAUACCGUGACGAGAUCCUGAGGCCCAUUUUUUAUUAUUAUUAUACAUUUUUUUUUUUUGCUAUCUUGUGACCAACAGAUGCAUGUCUGUAUUCCCAGUCAUGUGAAAUCCACAGAUUAGGGCCUAAUGAAUUUAUUUUUGAUUUGACUGAUUUCCUCAUGAACUGUAACUCAAGUCAAAUCAAUAAAAUUGUUGCGUUUUAUAUUUUUGUUCAGUAUAUGUGACAACGUCUCCUUUUAGCAGCAAAAUGUUUUGGCUUUUUUUACUUUUUGAAUUCUUGUUCAGGUUGCGUACGGUGUAAAUAUGGGUUGAUCCCUUUUUGGAGAUCAUGUCCCAGCUCUUAGAAAUGCCAUUUUAGAUAAUAGAAAUAUGUUUGUUUUAGGACUUCUUGAUCAAGAAAUAUGUUUUAGCCUUUUUAUAACAAGCAUUGGUUGAUUUUUUUUUUUUUUUAAACGUUUCCUAAAUGCACAAACCAAUCGGGAAACCAGUUGUCGUUCUAUUCUCCCUGGAGCAUUCUGGAGGAAUGUUGAGUGAGGCUGCAAUUCAAUCAAAGCAGUCAUAAAUAUUCACUCCAUUUCUUUGUUUACAAACUACAGCCUGCACACACAAAAUGUAUUUUUCUGAAAGAUGCAUCCAGUUGUCUUUUUUUCUCUACCCAAAACCAGAUGAGGAUUUUAUUUCACCGUGGUGAAAACCGAGCUUCUGCAUAAGUACUAGCGUAGGAGGUAAAACCCGGGCUGAAUGUCAGGCUGUUCCGUUGACAUUUGAGAUGCAUCCUAGGCAUGUUGUCAUCAAGCCUUAUUCUUAGGAUAUCAUUCAUAGGAAAAUCCACUGAUGCCCACACAGAGAUGGGUUGUUCUUUGUCUGUUUGGGAAUCUGUUUUGUAUUUUGUGUGGAUUUAUGUUUAAAAAUUGAAAUGGAUUAAUAGUGUUAAUAAAUGUACCACACUUUAUAUAUUCAUUUCUUGAGUGGCCUGACCUCUGUGCUGUCUACUAUAUUAGGCGGAGAGGAAGAUGCGAAGCGAGUGUUAACUUGGCCCAAAAUCUGUCAUCUCUGGUAGGUGGUGUUUUCUCCACUCACCACACAAUGAGUUUUGUGUGGAGGUCAAUUAGUGUCGAAUCUGGUUAAGAACAAGUGGAAUGGCUUAUUUGCUACGUGGGUCUUAUAGAGCCCCACAGUGGAUGUGUCAUAAUACCCAUAAAACCUAGCGGUUAAACAGGGAAAUGGUUCCAAUCGUUUUUCCACCAUUUCAUUUUUCCCAUGGGGUUUUAGAACCACUUGAGGUCUGUGUUUCGUGUAGGCUUGCCCUGGCGUGACGUUUUGAUAACCAUGUAAAUCUCUCUCGGACAAGGUGACUUUUAUCAAUAUAUUACGCACUAUUUACUCUCCGAUUUGAAAAAUGCUAAUUAGCAUAAAAGUGAAUGACAUCACUCAAGACUACAAAUCCCUGCAAUCUCCUGCACAUCAUCUCUAGCAGACCGCUUUGCUAACAGGUAUUGUGUCAAUUUAAAACUUGCACAAGACAUUACACAGAAUUGUCAAUUUUAAAUAAAUGUAGCCAAUUUAUCCAUUACUAAAGUUAACAUUAGAUAGCUAAUCCAGAUGAUCUUACCUUUGCCUCGAUUCGGCUGUCUCGUCCAGAGCGUGGCAUUUGUUGGGGUUAAAUGCGGAAGGGGCUUAGCUGGGGGGGAAGUGUGGUAGAGUAAGGGGGUCAGGAGGACUGGGGGUUAGUUAGUGUAGGAUUAGUAUAGGAGGACAAGGGGGUUAGUUAGUGUAGGAUUAGUAUAGGAGGACAGGGGGUUAGUUAGUGUAGGAUUAGUAUAGGAGGACAACGGGGUUAGUUAGUGUAGGAUUAGUAUAGGAGGACAACGGGGUUAGUUAGUGUAGGAUUAGUAUAGGAGGACAGGGGGUUAGUUAGUGUAGGAUUAGUAUAGGAGGACAACGGGGUUAGUUAGUGUAGGAUUAGUAUAGGAGGACAACGGGGUUAGUUAGUGUAGAAUUAGUAUAGGAGGACAGGGGGUUAGUUAGUGUAGGAUUAGUAUAGGAGGACAACGGGGUUAGUUAGUGUAGGAUUAGUAUAGGAGGACAAGGGGGUUAGUUAGUGUAGGAUUAGUAUAGGAGGACAAGGGGUUAGUUAGUGUAGGAUUAGUAUAGGAGGACAGGGGGUUAGUUAGUGUAGGAUUAGUAUAGGAGGACAAGGGGUUAGUCAGUGUAGGAUUAGUAUAGGAGAACAAGGGGUUAGUCAGUGUAGGAUUAGUAUAGGAGGACAGGGGGUUAGUUAGUGUAGGAUUAGUAUAGGAGGACAAGGGGGUUAGUUAGUGUAGGAUUAGUAUAGGAGGACAAGUGGGUUAGUUAGUGUAGGAUUAGUAUAGGAGGACAGGGGGUUAGUUAGUGUAGGAUUAGUAUAGGAGGACAAGGGGGUUAGUUAGUGUAGGAUUAGUAUAGGAGGACAGGGGGUUAGUUCGUGUAGGAUUAGUAUAGGAGGACAAGGGGUUAGUCAGUGUAGGAUUAGUAUAGGAGGACAAGGGGGUUAGUUAGUGUAGGAUUAGUAUAGGAGGACAAGGGGGUUAGUUAGUGUAGGAUUAGUAUAGGAGGACAAGGGGUUAGUUAGUGUAGGAUUAGUAUAGGAGGACAGGGGGUUAGUUAGUGUAGGAUUAGUAUAGGAGGACAAGGGGUUAGUUAGUGUAGGAUUAGUAUAGGAGGACUGGGGGUUAGUUAGUGUAGGAUUAGUAUAGGAGGACAACGGGGUUAGUUAGUGUAGGAUUAGUAUAGGAGGACAAGGGGGUUAGUUAGUGUAGGAUUAGUAUAGGAGGACAAGGGGUUAGUUAGUGUAGGAUUAGUAUAGGAGGACAUUAUUUAGUAUUUCUUUAGGAUCCCCAGUAGUUGUUGCCAAGGCAGCAGCUACUCUUCCUUGGGUCCCAACAGGAAGAGAUGCUCUUCCACCUCCACCCUCCUCGUCUCCUGGGUGCAGAUCUAGGAUCAGCUUCCCCUCCUCCAAUCCUAACCUUUAAGAAGGGUGGGGGAUAGUAGCCUCACUAGCCUAUAGGGUAGAUUAAGGAUUUACUCUUUACAGUGAGAAAUGGGUUGUGGAUAUAUAGAGGCUAUUUCCCAAAUCUCUCCUUCCUCCCAAAGUGUGCACUUGUUCACUCCCACUUCACUGAUUUUUUGGAAGGAAAUGAUGACUGGCAGGGCUGGCCCUAGGCGUAAGUGACACAAGCUACUGCUUAGGGCCCCGCGGACAGUUUUGGGAACUCAGUCGGGGUCUCAACAUACCGUUGAGAGUUAGAAUACUAGAAUGCACAAGGUGCAAUUUCGACAUUUGGUUAUGCUUUAGCAGUUUUUUUUCUUUUCUUGUUACAGUGGGGAGAACAAGUAUUUGAUACACUGCCGAUUUUUGCAGGUUUUCCUACUUACGAAGCAUGUAGAGGUCUGUCAUUUUUAUCAUAGGUGCACUUCAACUGUGAGAGACGGAAUCUAAAACAAAAAUCCAGAAAAUCACAUUGUAUGAUUUUUAAGUAAUUCAUUUGCAUUUUAUUGCAUGACAUAAUUAUUUGAUCACCUACCAACCAGUAAGAAUUCCAGCUCUCACAGACCUGUUAGUUUUUCUUUAAGAAGCCCUCCUGUUCUCCACUCAUUCCCUGUAUUAACUGCACCUGUUUGAACUCGUUACCUGUAUAAAAGACACCUGUCCACACACUCAAUCAAACAGACUCCAACCUCUCCACAAUGGCCAAGACCAGAGAGCUGUGUAAGGACAUCAGGGAUAAAAUUGUAGACCUGCACAAGGCUGGGAUGGGCUACAGGACAAUAGGCAAGCAGCUUGGUGAGAAGGCAACAACUGUUGGCACAAUUAUUAGAAAAUGGAAGAAGUUCAAGAUGACGGUCAAUCACCCUCGGUCUGGGGCUCCAUGCAAGAUCUCACCUCGUGGGGCAUCAACAAUCAUGAGGAAGGUGAGGGAUCAGCCCAGAACUACACGGCAGGACCUGGUCAAUGACCUGAAGAGAGCUGGGACCACAGUCUCAAAGAAAACAAUUAGUAACACACUAUGCCGUCAUGGAUUAAAAUCCUGCAGCGCACGCAAGGUCCCCCUGCUCAAGCCAGCGCAUGUCCAGGCCUGUCUGAAGUUUGCCAAUGAACAUCUGGAUGAUCCAGAGGAGGAAUGGGAGAAGGUCAUGUGGUCUGAUGAGACAAAAAUAGAGCUUUUUGGUGUAAACUCCACUCGCCGUGUUUGGAGGAAGAAGAAGGAUGAGUACAACCCCAAGAACACCAUCCCAACCGUGAAGCAUGGAGGUGGAAACAUCAUUCUUUGGGGAUGCUUUUCUGCAAAGGGGACAGGACGACUGCACCGUAUUGAGGGGAGGAUGGAAGGGGCCAUGUAUCGCGAGAUCUUGGCCAACAACCUCCUUCCCUCAGUAAGAGCAUUGAAGAUGGGUCGUGGCUGGGUCUUCCAGCAUGACAACGACCCGAAACACACAGCCAGGGCAACUAAGGAGUGGCUCCGUAAGAAGCAUCUCAAGGUCCUGGAGUGGCCUAGCCAGUCUCCAGACCUGAACCCAAUAGAAAAUCUUUGGAGGGAGCUGAAAGUCCAUAUUGCCCAGCGACAGCCCCGAAACCUGAAGGAUCUGGAGAUGGUCUGUAUGGAGGAGUGGGCCAGAAUCCCUGCUGCAGUGUGUGCAAACCUGGUCAAGACCUACAGGAAACGUAUGAUCUCUGUAAUUGCAAACAAAUGUUUCUGUACCAAAUGUUAAGUUCUGCUUUUCUGAUGUAUCAAAUACUUAUGUCAUGCAAUAAAAUGCAAAUUAAUUACUUAAAAAUCAUACAAUGUGAUUUUCUGGAUUUUUGUUUUAGAUUCCGUCUCUCACAGUUUAAGUGUACCUAUGAUAAAAAUUACAGACCUCUACAUGCUUUGUAAGUAGGAAAACCUGCAAAAUCGGCAGUGUAUCAAAUACUUAUUCUCCCCACUGUAUGUCAAUCACUGACAGUCACUCAAUAAGCCCAUGUCAGCUAACAUAUAUAUUUUAUGUUAGUCUAGCCAGCUAUCUAAACUUGUGGUAGUCAUGGUCAAAUUACCGAAACAGGCCCAGGGGCCCUGACCUCCAGGGGCCCCCAAUGAUUUUGUUAAUCACUCUCACUCAGAUAUCACAUUAACAUGGCAUAAGUCACGGCAGUGUAGAACUGCAGGAAAUUCACUUAAAACUGCAAAAAUAGGUCUGGUCCUGAUGACUGGUAUAAAACUCCCACUAGCGCAUGCUUCAACCCAUCCAAUGCUUUUAACAUGGGAAGUAGUGGGGCGAGUGCACACUUCAUGAGAAGUUAGGGCAGGAGGGGGGACAGGGAAAUAGAGUUUAGGAUACAAGGCCCCUCUUUGUGCAGGUCUGGCCAAGGCAUCUGGUAGUGAUCAAAAUGGCUGCCUCGAGAGAAUACGGUCGAACUCCUACACAGUACUCAGGUCAGAACAACACACUGCUUUACAGAGGAGGACAGUGAUGCUCCAUUAGGUUAGGUGUUAUAGCGCAGGGUUGGGCCCUACUGUUACGGACAGGAGGUAUAUUCUACUGCACUACUUGGUCAUGUGAAUGCUACUACAUGGGUUCGAUUCCCACGGGGGGGGCCAGUAUGAAAAAUAAAUACAAAUAAUAAUGUAUGCACUCGCUCUUAGGGGUGUAACGAUCCAUCUACUACAUCGAUGUAUCGAUUUAUAUUCCUAUGAUCCAACUACAUCGAUCUGUGCUCGGCGAGUUGGCCUUUUGGACAACAUAUAUCAAUCUAACAUCGUUUUAAAAUGUAAUAAAUCGAUUGUAUCGAUACUAGGAAAUAACCCAUUGGAUUUAAGCACGUCAGACUUUAUAUGGAUGUUUUUUCUUAGCACUUUUAAUGAUAAAGGCUUUAAACAUUACUCGAUUCAGUCUGCCUAUCCGUGACGUCAUCGCCCCGCGCCAGCAGUAGCGCAAAGGCGCAAAGACAACAAAACAUAGCAUGGCGGACGACAGAGGAGAAGCCGACGAGCGAGAAAUUAUCAAGCCACCAUUGCGGUCCUUACAAGAAACAGGAAUCUAGGAAACUUCACCUGCACUGUCCAGUAUCCAGGUAUUUAUUUCAGUCACACUGGUUUAAUUUUUGGCUAAAAGGUUACUGAAUCGAUUUCAAGUCACUGAAUCGUUUCGGAUCGUAUCGUUCUAAAUGAACCAAUAUCGUCCUUGAAUCGUAUCGACAACCACGAAUCGUGAUACAAAUCGAAUCGUUGUUAAAACGAAUCGUUACACCCCUACUCGCUCUGGAUAAGAGCGUCUGCUAAAUGACUAAAAUGUAAUGUCAUGUACAUGCUAACUAACCCUGCCCCUUAUGAGUGGGACCCAGAGUUAUCCUUGUCCAUGAAGGGCCCAGAGUUAUCCCCAUCCAUGAAGGGCCCAGAGUUAUCCCCAUCCAUGAAGGGCCCAGAGUUAUCCCCGUCCAUGAAGGACCCAGAGUUAUCCCCGUCCAUGAAGGGCCCAGAGUUAUCCCUGUCCAUGAAGGGCCCAGAGUUAUCCCUGUCCAUGAAUGACCCAGAGUUAUCCCUGUCCAUGAAGGACCCAGAGUUAUCCCUUUUCAUGAAUGACACAAAGUUAUCCCUGUCCAUGUAGGAUCCAGAGUUAUCCCUGUCCAUGAAGUACCCAGAGUUAUCCCUGUCCAUGAAGGGCCCAGAGUGUUUACUGGUCAGAUCAGGUGGUCAAGUUGCCGCCAGUCGACAGACAGCAGUCUGAUGGCGUCACCUUAUAAUGUCAUAUUAAACCUAGACACUAGGGGGCAGUCUGCUCUCACAGAAGGUUGUGGAGAAGAAACAUCAGAAGCGAUUCCUAAGCAACCAACAGUGUUUUGUCCUCUCGUUUUACCCUUGAAUUGAAUUGGCAGCCAACCUGAACUACAUGAUGUCUUGGUUUUACAGUCUGUUACAAUGCAAUACAGCAACAAUAUCAUCUGAACCAACAGGAGUACUAUGCCCUUUCCAUGGUUUUAUACAAUCAUUCAAGACCAUCAGACAAAAGUCUGGGCUCAUUGCUCAGGCCAGUGAUGUAUAUAUUAAACACGUGGAUAUAUAUGUGUAUGGCUCAUGCUCAUACCACUUGUAGAAAUGAACAAACUAUUCCAUGGGUCGACACAUAGUGAAAGUCUAUCUAUGAAUGGAUUUGGGAUAUUUCUACCCUUUUAUUUGUUUGUGAAUAAUUUGCUUUCACCAUCAAGUACCACGUGUGUCUGUAUGUGUGUCUUUGUGUGUGUGUGUGUGUGUCUUUGUGUGUAUGUGUGUGUGUGUGUGUUUGUCUGUGUGUGUGUGUGUGUGUGUGUCUUUGUGUGUAUGUGUGUGUGUGUGUUUGUGUGUGUGUCUUUGUGUGUGUGUAUGUGUGUGUGUGUGCAUUAACACCUGACCUCUUCUUGUACCUAUCUCCCUCUCUCUCCAUACAUCCCUCCCUCUCUCUGCCUCCCUCCACCCCUCCCUCCCUCCCUCCACCCCUCUGUCCCUCCUGCUCUCUUUGUCUGUGUGAUAGCAGCCUGAAGCACCCAGCAGUCUACAACUCGAUGAUGUAAUCCAGUAGGUCUAUACUGCAGUCCCGUAGGUGGCCAUAGAUGGCAGUGUUGUCCCCCUGAAUCCCCUUCAGACGAACCCUAACCCAGUUCCCUACUUUCCCUGGCUCACACACAGACACUAAGUUCAUAGAAAGUCACUGUUGUUAUCUAUCUUUGUUGUUCUUCUUUGUUUCGUUUGUUUGUUUGUUCUGUUAUUUUGACAGACAGGCUUAUUUGCAUUUAUACAACGGGUGGGUCUAAUCCUGAAUGCUGAUUGGUUAAAACCACAUCUAGACAUUGUCUUAUUUGCAUAUGAAAACCACAGGAGUGAAUAUAGAAUCAGAUCAGAACACAGCAUCUCUUCCUACCUCAGCAUGGGUAUAAGAUCAAUCAAAUGUCAUUUCUAUAGACAACACAGGAUCCAUCAAUACCUUAUCUUCUCAUCUUUAGGUCCAAGAUACAUGAUCUGAUCGUCAUCUCAAACAGAUUGUCCUCGGUUCAGCUGCAGCGUGUGUCUGUUGUAUGAGCGCGUGUACUGUAUGUGGAAGGUCGGCGGAAGUAUAUCUAAAGUCUGAUGGAUCGCACUCCUAUCUCGCGAUGUGUGUGUAUCUGGCUGUGUGUGUGUGUGUGUGUGUGUGUGUGUGUGUGUGUGUGUGUGUGUGUGUGUGUGUGUUCACUGUUUCAUUCACAAAAAAAAAAAAAAAUGUUCUAGAGUGUCACUGGCUGAGGUUGAGCUACGCUACACGACGCCGUGCUCUCCGCGGCCUAUUGGAAGAGAGCAGUAGUGCUCUUCUCUCUCUCUCUCUCUCUCUCUCUCUCUCUCGCUCUCUCUCUCUCUGUCUCUCUCUCUCUCUCUGUCUCUCUCUCUCUCUCUCUCUCUCUCUUGUCUCUCUCUCUCUCUCAUUCUCUCUCUCUCUCUCUCUCCUCUCUCUCUCUCUCUCUCUCUCUUCUCUCUCUCUUCUCUAUCUCAAUUCAAUACAAUUCAAUUCAAUUUAAAGGCUUUAUUGUCAUGGUAAACAUAUGGUAAGAUUGCCAAAGCAAGUGAAGUAGAUAGUAAACAAAAGUGAAAUAAACAAUAAAUAUUAACAGUAAACAUUACACUCAGAAGUUUCAAAAGAAUAAAGACAUUUCAAAUGUCAUAUUAUGUAUAUAUACAGUGUUGUAACAAUGUACAAAUAGUUAAAGUACAAAUGGGAAAAUAAAUAAACAUAAAUAUGGGUUGUAUUUACAAUGGUGUUUGUUCUUCACUGGUUGCCCUUUUCUUGUGGCAACAGGUCACAAAUCUUGCAGCUGUGAUGGCACACUGUGGUUUUUCACCCAGUAGAUAAGGGAGUUGUUUGUUUUCGAAUUCUUUGUGGCUAAUAUGGUCAUACAUUUGGCAGGAGGUUAGGAAGUGCAGCUCAGUUUCCACCUCAUUUUGUGGGCAGUGUGCACAUAGCCUGUCUUCUCUUGAGAGCCAGGUCUGCCUACGGCGGCCUUUCUCAAUAGCAAGGCUAUGCUCACUGAGUCUGUACAUAGUCAAAGCUUUCCUUAAGUUUGGGUCAGUCACAGUGGUCAGGUAUUCUGCCACUGUGUACUCUCUGUUUAGGGCCAAAUAGCAUUCUAGUUUGCUCUGUUUUUCUUUUCUUUUUUUCCAAUGUGUCAAGUAAUUCUCUUUUUGUUUUCUCAUGAUUUGGUUGGGUCUAAUUGUGUUGCUGUUGUUGUUGUCCUGGGGCUCUGUGGGGUCUGUUUGUGUUUGUGAACAGAGCCCCAGGACCAGCUUACUUAGGGGACUCUUCUCCAAGUUCAUCUCUCUGUAGGUGAUGGCCUUGUUAUGGAAGGUUUGGGAAUCGCUUCCUUUUAAGUGGUUAUAGAAUUUAACGGCUCUUUUCUGGAUUUUGAUAAUUAGCGGGUAUUGUCCUAAUUCUGCUCUGCAUGCAUUAUUUGGUGUUGUACGUUGUACAUGGAGGAUGUUUUUGCAGAAUUCUGCAUGCAGUCUCAAUUUGGUGUUUGUCCCAUUUUGUGAAUUCUUGGUUGGUGAGCGGACCCCAGACCUCACAACCAUAAAGGGCAAUGGGUUCUAUAACUGAUUCAAGUAUUUUUAGCCAGAUCCUAAUUGGUAUGUCAAAUUUUAUGUUCCUUUUGAUGGCAUAGAAGGCCCUUCUUGCCUUGUCUCUCAGAUCGUUCACAGCUUUGUGGAAGUUACCUGUGGCGCUGAUGUUUAGGCCGAGGUAUGUAUAGUUUUUUGUGUGCUCUAGGGCAACGGUGUCUAGAUGGAAUUUGUAUUUGUGGUCCUGGCAACUGGACCUUUUUUGGAACACCAUUAUUUUUGUCUUACUGAGAUUUACUGUCAGGGCCCAGGUCUGACAGAAUCUGUGCAGAAGAUCUAGGUGCUGCUGUAGGCCCUCCUCUGUUGGUGACAGAAGCACCAGAUCAUCAGCAAACAGAAGACAUUUGACUUCAGAUUCUAGUAGGGUGAGGCCGGGUGCUGCAGACUGUUCUAGUGCCCUCGCCAAUUCGUUGAUAUAUAUGUUGAAGAGGGUGGGGCUUAAACUGCAUCCCUGUCUCACCCCACGGCCCUGUGGAAAGAAAUGUGUGUGUUUUUUGCCAAUUUUAACCGCACACUUGUUGUUUGUGUACAUGGAUUUUAUAAUGUUGUAUGUUUUUCCCCCAACCCCACUUUCCAUCAAUUUGUAUAGCAGACCCUCAUGCCAAAUUGAGUCAAAAGCUUUUUUGAAAUCAACAAAGCAUGAGAAGACUUUGCCUUUGUUUUGGUUUGUUUGUUUGUUAAUUAGGGUGUGCAGGGUGAAUACGUUGUCUGUCGUACGGUAAUUUGGUAAAAAGCCAAUUUGACAUUUGCUCAGUACAUUGUUUUCACUGAGGAAAUGAACUAGUCUGCUGUUAAUGAUAAUGCAGAGGAUUUUCCCAAGGUUGCUGUUGACGCAUAUCCCACGGUAGUUAUUGGGGUCAAAUUUGUCUCCACUUUUGGGGAUUGGGGUGAUUAGUCCUUGGUUCCAAAUAUUGGGGAAGAUGCCAGAGCUAAGGAUGAUGUUGAAUAGUUUAAGUAUAGCUAAUUGAAAUUUGUGGUCUGUAUAUUUUAUCAUUUCAUUGAGGAUACCAUUAACACCACAGGACUUUUUGGGUUGGAGGGUUUGUAUUUUGUCCUGUAGUUCACUCAAUGUAAUUGGAGAAUCCAGUGGGUUCUGGUAGUCCUUAAUAGUUGAUUCUAAGAUUUGCAUUUGAUCAUGUAUAUUUUUUUGCUGUUUGUUCUCUGUUAUAGGGCCAAAAAGAUUGGAGAAGUUGUUUACCCAUACAUCUCCGUUUUGGAUAGAUAGCUCUUCGUGUUGUUGUUUGUUUAGUGUUUUCCAAUUUUCCCGGAAGUGGUUAGAGUCUAUGGAUUCUUCAAUUACAUUGAGCUGAUUUCUGACAUGCUGUUCCUUCUUUUUCCGUAGUGCAUUUCUGUAUUGUUUUAGUGAUUCACCAUAGUGAAGGCGUAGGCUCAGGUUUUCUGGGUCUCUAUGUUUUUGGUUGGAUAGGUUUCUCAAUUUCUUUCUUAGGUUUUUGCAUUCUUCAUCAAACCAUUUAUCACUGUUAUUACUUUUCUUUGGUUUUCUGUUAGAGAUUUUUAGAUUUGAUAGGGAAGCUGAGAGGUCAAAUAUACUGUUUAGGUUUUCUACUGCCAAGUUUACACCUUCACUAUUACAGUGGAACGUUUUGUCCAGGAAGUUGUCUAGAAUGGAUUUAAUUUGUUGUUUCCUAAUUGUUUUUUGGUAGGUUUCAACACUACUUUCCUUCCAUCUAUAGCAUUUCUUAAUAUUCUCUUUAUCCUCUCCUCUCUCUCUCUCUCUCUCUCUCUCUCUCUCUCUCUCUCUCUCUCUCUCUCUCUCUCUCUCUCUCUCUCUUUCCCUCUCUCUCCACUCGCUAUCUCUCUUUCUCUCUACUCUCUAUCUCACUCUCUGACUGCAGUAGUACAACUCUGCAGAGAACAGUGUUCCGUUUAGAGUACAGCGAACAGCACUCUCAAUUGUGUCGAGUUUUCUGGGGCACCAGACCCUUUAAAAAAGAGUACAAAAAUCGAGUAUUUUAGGGGAGAAGGGGACCGGGAAAGAAGGGAAAGGGGGGAAGGGGGGAACACCCACCACCAGGCAGCAACACCCCAGGACCAAACACCCCAAAACCAAAAACCAAACAGGCACCACCAACCAAGGGCAUCCAGCCAGCCAGCCAAGCCAUCCACCCAACCAGCCAGGAAGCAGGCAUCACACCAUCAGCAGUCACAACCACCAAAGGCAGGCAGCCAGCCAGCCAGCCAGCCAGCAGCCAGCCAGCCAGCCAGCCAGCCAGCAGCCCAGCCAGGCAGGCAGGCAGCCAGCCAGCCAGCCAACCAGCCAGCAGCCAGCCAGCCAGCCAGCCAGCCAGCAGCAGCCAGCCAGCAAGCCAGCCAGCCAGCCAGCCAGAAUCCAGCCAGCACAGCCAAGCCAGCCAGCCGCCAGCCAUGCAGGAAGACAGCCAGCCAGCCAGCAGCCACCAGCCAGCCAUCACAUAG